ACCCGCCGGUGACGAAUCAAUCAAAUCAGCAACACCAACACAUCACCUGAUCAUCACCUCCAUGGCUCAAUCCACGUCGCUUUGCUUGCGCUCAACUGAAAGGCCUCGCACGCCGGCCACACCACCGGCUCCGCUUGCACCACCCCAAUCUUUCGUUUCGUUGCGUUUCAUUUUCCCCUCGUCUCGUCUAAGCUCAGCCUCAGCCUCACUCGCUCGGCUCACUCCCCAGUCCCCAGUACCCUGCACCCCUCCCCGCUAUAAGAGUAGUCUGCCUGCCUUGCCGACUGCCCGCCGAGCAGCAACGCGCGCGCGCACAGCAAAGCCAGCAACCAUGGCCGCCCGUCCUCCCUCGUCCCUGCUUCUUGGAGCGGUCGCGGUGCUGCUAGUCCUUGCCGCUGCGCCGUCGGCGCUCGCCGGCGACCCCGACUACCUCCAGGACCUCUGCGUCGCCGACCUCAACUCCGCGGUGAAGGUGAACGGGUUCCCGUGCAAGGCGGCGGAGGCGGCCACCGCCGACGACUUCUUCACGAGCAUCCUGGCGACGCCGGGCGGCACCAACACCACGUCGGGCUCCGUGGUGACGGGCGCCAACGUGGAGAAGGUCCCGGGGCUCAACACGCUGGGCGUCUCGCUCUCCCGCAUCGACUACGCGCCGGGCGGGGUGAACCCGCCGCACACGCACCCGCGCGCCACCGAGCUCGUCUUCGUGCUCUACGGCAAGCUCGACGUCGGCUUCGUCACCACCGCCAACAAGCUCGUCGCCAGGACCAUCGCGCGGGGCGACGUCUUCGCCUUCCCGAGGGGGCUCGUGCACUUCCAGAGGAACCCCGGCACCGAGCCCGCCGCCGUCAUCUCCGCGUUCAACAGCCAGCUCCCCGGCACGCAGUCCAUCGCCAUGACGCUCUUCGGGGCCUCGCCGGACCUGCCCGACGAUGUGCUCGCCAAGGCCUUCCAGAUCCCCGACGAGGAGGUGGCCAAGAUCAAGGACAAGUUCGCGCCCAAGAAGGGAUGACUGAGUAUAAUGAAGAUCCAGAUAUAUAACGAGAAAUUUUGUUGAAACUGGUCAGUGUCGUCUCAGUGAUUGAUUGAUUGAUUGGUCUGUUUGUGAUUCUGCCAUGCAUGAUGCAAUCGUGUCAAAUGGCCGGCUUCCGUUGUGAUCGUCGGUUAAGUGCGUGUGUGGUGUGACCUGCAGAAGACGAAUGAGUCGGUAGGUGUCUCGAUCGCUUGUAAUAAGUUGCUGCAGGUCUGGAGAACAUUCUAUCUGUUAAUGCCCUAUUAUUAGCUCAAUUAUUUGUAAACCAUUUGAUAUUAUUACUACGUAUUGCACCUACCUUUUUAAGUGGUU